AUGAUACAUAGAUUGCCUGAGCAGUUGGGGAAGAUGCAGUGUCUAGAAUCGCUUUAUGCUUUUAAUACAGCAAUCGAAGAAUUACCGGAUUCUAUUGGAUUACUUCCUAGGAUACAACGGUUGCAUUUUGAUGAAUGCCAUAAGCUAACAUAUGUUCCGAAUAGCAUCUGCAAUCUUAAAUCACUUGCAAGCUUAUAUCUUACCACCCGUGAGGACAUAAUAAAAAUUGAUUUGACUGAGGCCAUGAAGGAUAUGAACUUGGAGGACUUGCGUCUGAGUUGUAAUAUAAGAACUAACAGUUCAAGUCACGGCUCCUCCUUUCCCGAACUACCACCAAAUUUAAUAUUGUUGGAGGUAGAGAACCACGCUUCACUAGAACAAGCACCUGAUUUGUCCUACCUCAAACACUUGAAAGAAAUCUCCAUAAGGAGAUGCUGUAGCCUUCAAUCUGUCCAGAAACUUCCACCUCAUCUUUCAAGCCUUACAGUUACAGAUUGUACAAGCCUACAAGAGUUUCCAGUUCUGUCAAUGUUGAGAGAUUUAGAACUACUGGAAGUUACUGGCAACGGCAGCAAUUUAAAAGUCAAAUUAGAGGAAAAUCACCUUCAGCUAAUUAGAAGAGACUGGGGGUCUACAUUUGGAGCAACUCUACAAAACAAGGAAAUUGCAGAGUGGUUCGACUAUAAAAACAGGGGAGGCUGCACACUAUCUUUUCAUGUUCCCCCAAACUUGGGAGAUCACUUCGUGGGUGUCGCCUUCUGGGUUGUUUAUAAAUGCUCCUAUGAUGGAUGGUCAGCAGUUGAAGCUGUUAUUACAAAUAAAACAGAGGGCAUGACAACUGCUUCGCACAGCAAGGGUAUUAAUUCUGGCAGAAAGGGUGACGUGCUAUCAUUUAUACAUUGCAUAAGGGCAGAGGACAUCUCAAUGAAGAGCGGAGACAAAAUUAUGAUUUCUUAUCCUGACGGAGAAGUUAAUAUGUGCGGGGUUCACAUACUAAAAUAG